CUUGUCCGUAUCAUCAUGUGAUUGCGCGACCAUUUUUAUGGUUGCACCAGUUACGAAAAGCAGUACGUUCCAGUGGCGUGUUGUGAAUAAAAGUAGGCGCUGAUCGGUCGACGGACCGAUUUCUCGUUGAAGAAUGACCAUACAUCUUCAAGAAGUGGUGAGAUCGGAAGUAGAAGGUGGUUUGUCAGGACCAGCCAAUCCGAUACCAAGUCAAUCGAUAGACUGCGGUUGUGCACAAUUACCAUGCCCGAAAUUAGCAAAAUUUGCAACCAGACGACUCUUCGUUGGACUGAUGUCGUGGGUCGGUUUGGUUCAGACUGCUGCGUACGCAUAUUUUUACGUAUCCGGCCCCACGAUAGCAAGAAAAUUUCAAUUCGAUCCUUACAUAAUGGAAUGGGUCCUUGUAAUAUCAGAUUUGACACCCUUUCUUUUUGGAUUACUCGUCGCAUAUUGGGGCGAUAGGAUCCAUAGAGUGGCCUGGAUCGGUGGUAUAGUUCUUUUACAAAGUGUAUCAUAUUUCAUCAUGAUAAUUCCUCAUCUGACGCAUCAAAUCAAGGUCGUCGAAGAUACAAACAACGUCACGCACAUGUCGUUAUACGCAGACGACCAUCGAGAACUGUGUUCGCCAGCCUUGUCUAGAAUAAUUGCAAAAGAUGACGAAUCCUGUUACUUCACGUUCGCUAUGAUCGUGGUCGUGCAAAUUAUGGCGGGAGUGGCGAACGUUGCAUACUUUGCCUUGGGUAUUUCUUAUUUAGACGAUAAUACGAAAAAGAAGCAUGUGGCUGCUUUCAUCGGUGUCAUUAUCGCUGUGAAAAUCGUCGGUGUUCUUUUGGGGUACAUUCUGGCGUGGGGCUGUCUCAGGAUAGACGCAGUAACCUUGACUACUAUAGACUCGUACAGAGACCAGAUUGGAGCAUGGUGGCUAGGAUUUCCGAUUCUCACAAUAUUAUUGAUAGUUCCUGGUUUAUUACUCUCAUGGUUCCCCAGAAUGCUGCCAUCAGAGGUCGUUGAACAGGCUGCAGCUUCAUUAUUAAACAGUUCUAGCAGAUAUAAUCGAGGGUCUCGAAGAUCGAUCACGAAGAAAGUUGGCGGUACGAAUUUCUGGCCAUCGUUGAGCAGAUUAUUCGUUAAUAAAAUUUUAAUAUGCAACGUCCUGGCCUGCGCGCUCUACAUUAUGGCGAUCGUGAAUUUCAUGGGUUACGAGAACCUUAUUAUGCAAUCGAGAUUUCACGUACCGAAGCCAAUCGGACUGAUGCUCGGUUUCAAUGAUCCAAUGUACUCGAGGAUGGUAGCGAACAUUUUAAAACCAAUACUAAUUGGCUUGAUUGUGAUACUCACUGGCCUAGUAAUAACCAAAGCAAAACCCAGCGCCAGAAGCGUCGUCGGAUAUGGCGUCGUCGUUUUAAUUUUAUCGGCUGGAAUUAUUUUCUCGUUGACCGCCACAGCUUGCGAAAAGAAUCCCAUAGUUGGCACCGACGACAGAGGAUUGAUUUACCUCCCGAAGUAUUGCAAUAAAGAUUGCGGCUGUUCGAACGACGCCGAAUUUCGUCCCGUUUGCGACGCGAAAGGCAAGUUCACCUUCUACAGUGCCUGCCACGCUGGAUGUACUUCCAGCGACGUGAAAAACGGUAGAACGGUUUACAGCGAUUGCAGUUGCGUGGAGGAUAUGACAAAUUCGAAAGAUGGCGAAGCAUGGGACGGACCCUGCAACUCGAACGCCUGUCAACUCGGUUGGCUGAUCUUCGAGUUCGGUUCCAUGUUGGCGUACGUGUUGGGGGCCUCGUCCUUCGUCGGGGACUUGUUGGUGGCUUUAAGAUCGGUCUACGCCCAAGACAAAGCUCUGAGCAUCGGUUUCUGGAUGAUGUGGUCGGCCAUUUUUGCCAACACUCCGGGAAAAUUUCUUUACGACACGAUAGCAGACCUGACGUGCCAAUACUGGGGAAACGAGGAGAUCAGCUGUCACUUGCACGACAGUUUAAAGCUUGGCAAUUAUCUGUGUUACCUGACGGGUGGUCUAUUGAUCUUGUGCGUCCUGCUGAAGAUCGUUUUAUGGUUCCUUUGCAAGGAACUGGACCUCUACUCUCAGGAAGAAAAAGAACUUCCACCUGGCGCUGAAAUGCAACAGCUGAUGCCAAAUCCGUCGACCCCUAAAACGGUGGAGCCAUCGGACACUGCCAAUAAUGGUGAGAAAAAUAUUUCAGUAUUCCUCGAUAGACUAACAACUCUGCUUUCUAUUUUUCCAUUCGAAGACGACGCAACGACCAGAGUGGUCGUUACCAACGAAUCAGAAACGAGGCCUACCGAGUCUCCCGAACAUUCUCGAAGAGCAGAAGAAUCAUUCGACAACACGCCGCUGAAGUACGGGCCCAUAGGUCCUGGCGAUCGACGAACAGAUCCAAAGCCUUCCGUGGUUCAAACGUCGCAGAAACAAAAGUCCAACAUACGACACCUGGACACGGACGUCGAGCUGAGCUCCAGCGACGAAGAUGGCAAGAAGGACUCGAGCUCGAAGGUGCCCUACCUUCCACUGGAUCUCGACUCCGACGUGGAGAGCGAUCUAAGCAACACGGAGCCUAGAUCGCGCAAACGUAUCCACAGCAAAGACUACGAUCGCGAUCAGAACUCGAAACAAAGCUCUUCGCCCAGACCAGAGUUCCCAAAUGAUCCGAAUCACAUCGAUUUCAGGCUGGCCAGUCAGAAGAAGGAUCCAAACAGUUACUUGGACGGUUCGUCCAAGACCAGUAGCUUCGAGUUUACGAAGAACGGACGCGAGAAUGUUGUGCGCACGAAGGGUGACUUCAACGAAGUCGGUAUACCUAUAAUGGAUCCUCCUGGUUCACGUCCCCCACAAUCCGAUGCUCGUUUUUUGAAGGAUGUAAAAUCGUUGAUCAAUCGAUACGAGUUGAACAGCGACCAAGUCGAUGGGGACGGAGAAUCCGUGAAAUCUGGGGAAAGCGGUGGCCGUACAGAAUAUAAAGGCGUCGGUGGUUUUCCGUUGGUGGCCAUGGCGUCGAUGAGACCAUCCUCGAGGGCACAAUCCUCGUCGGGAUUUAGCAGUUUGGCGGACGGUAAGGUUCUUGAGAAUCGACCAGAGUCCCGAGGAAGCAGCAGCCCGGUGACAUCUAGCAAAGGAAGCAAAGGAACAUUGCACACCGAUUUCUAACGCUCGAUGGAAUCGAGCUUAAUGUUCCAAAAUUGAGGAAAGCUCUUUCUCAUUGUUU